GUACCUCGAACCGCGGCGACAGCAGGAGGAGCAGCGGCAGCCGCAGCCCGAGGAGCGGAGCGGAGCGGAGCCGAGGCGAGGCACGGCACGGAAAGCGAAGCGGGCACGGCGACAUGGCCGAUGUGAUACACCUCCACGAGUCGUCCUCCGGGGGGGUCGCCGCGAACCGCUUCGCGCGCAAAGGGGCGCUCCGGCAGAAGAACGUGCACGAGGUGAAGAACCACAAAUUCACAGCGAGGUUCUUCAAGCAGCCCACCUUCUGCAGCCACUGCACAGACUUCAUCUGGGGAUUUGGGAAACAAGGGUUCCAGUGCCAAGUUUGCUGCUUCGUGGUCCACAAAAGGUGCCAUGAGUUUGUCACUUUCUCCUGUCCUGGAGCAGACAAGGGUCCAGACACAGAUGACCCCCGGAGCAAGCACAAGUUUAAGAUCCACACCUAUGGCAGCCCUACGUUCUGUGACCAUUGCGGGUCUCUGCUCUAUGGACUCAUCCACCAGGGCAUGAAAUGCGAACCCUGUGACAUGAACGUGCACAAGCAGUGUGUGAAUAACGUGCCCAGCCUGUGUGGGACAGACCACACCGAGCGCCGGGGGCGGCUCUACCUCAGGGCAGAAGUCGGCGGCGACAAGCUCCACGUCACAGUGGUGGAGGCUAGAAACCUGAUCCCCAUGGACCCCAAUGGGCUCUCAGACCCCUACGUCAAGCUGAAGCUCAUCCCGGACCCCAAGAAUGAGACCAAGCAGAAGACGAGGACCAUCCGCUCUUCCCUCAAUCCCACCUGGAACGAGUCAUUCACCUUCAAGCUGAAGGCUUCGGACAAGGACCGGCGGCUGUCGGUGGAGGUGUGGGACUGGGACCGGACCACGAGGAACGACUUCAUGGGCUCCAUGUCCUUUGGAGUGUCGGAGCUGAUAAAAUCCCCCGUGUGUGGCUGGUACAAGAUGCUGAACCAGGAGGAGGGCGAGUACUACAACGUGCCCAUUCCCGACGUGAACGACGGCAAUUUGGAGCUGAGGCAGAAGUUUGAGGCCUGCCAAAACACUCUGCAGUUCCUCAAGAAAGCCAGGCUCGGCCCUGGCAAGAAGGUGAUCACGCCCUCGGACGACCGGAGGUUCAGCCUGCCCUUCAACAACAUGGAUCGCGUCCACCUCUCCGACUUCAACUUCCUGGCACUGCUGGGCAAGGGCAGUUUCGGCAAGGUGAUGCUGGCAGAGAUGAAAUCCACAGAGGAGCUGUACGCCAUCAAGAUCCUGAAGAAGGAUGUGGUGAUCCAGGACGAUGACGUCGAGUGCACCAUGGUAGAGAAGAGGGUGCUGGCGCUGCGAGACAAGCCACCUUUCCUCACCCAGUUGCAUUCCUGCUUCCAGACUGUGGACCGCCUCUAUUUCGUCAUGGAGUACAUCAACGGCGGUGACCUCAUGUACCACAUCCAGCAAGUGGGCAAAUUCAAAGAGCCACAGGCAGUGUUCUACGCGGCAGAGGUCGCCAUCGGCCUCUUUUUCCUGCACAGGAGGGGCAUCAUUUACAGAGACCUGAAGCUGGACAACGUAAUGCUGGACUCGGAGGGCCACAUCAAGAUCGCCGACUUUGGCAUGUGCAAGGAGAGCAUCUACGAGGGUGUGACGACGCGCACCUUCUGCGGGACACCGGAUUAUAUCGCUCCCGAGAUCAUCGCGUACCAACCUUACGGGCGCUCCGUGGACUGGUGGGCCUACGGUGUGCUGCUCUAUGAGAUGCUGGCAGGACAGCCCCCCUUUGACGGCGAAGACGAGGACGAGCUCUUCCAGUCCAUCAUGGAGCACAACGUGUCUUAUCCCAAAUCCAUGUCCAAGGAGGCCGUGUCCAUCUGCAAGGGCCUCAUGACUAAACACCCGUCGAAGCGCCUCGGCUGUGGCCCCGAGGGCGAACGGGACAUCCGAGACCACGCCUUCUUCCGCCGCAUCGACUGGGAGCGGCUCCAGAACCGUGAGAUCCAGCCGCCCUUCAAGCCGAAAGUGUGUGGCAAAGGGGCAGAAAACUUUGACCGGUUCUUCACGCGCACCCAGCCCGUGCUCACACCGCCCGACCAGCUGGUCAUCACCAACAUCGACCAGAGCGAGUUCGCCGGCUUCUCCUACGUCAACCCCCAGUUUUUGCACCCUUCCCAGCAGAGCGUGGUAUGAGCCCCGGAGAACACCGCAGCGUCCAUCCGUCCAGAUGGCGGAGAAGUGGCCUGUAUCUCUAAUAAUAGCCUACGUGCGUUGUGGCCAAAUCUGGCUUCUGACCGCUCAUUUGUGAGUCAAGCAACAAAAUCCAUAGGAGAAAAUAAAUGUACCUGCAGUUUUACCUUGUGCCCGAGACACUAGAUUAACAAGCAGCAGACAAGAUGGCCGGGCCGUAGCACGCGGUCGGUCUCGGCCUGGUUGAAGGAAGCCCUGGACAAGAAGAGAGUGCCACCACCUGUCUGCUUUGUGUGCCUCUACAGCAGAGGGAAUUACAGAGAAUCGGAGAGGAUCGAAGGGGAUCACUGGUUCGAGAAGAGACUCCCUGGUGCCGGAGAGGCCACCACAUACUUACUGCGCCACCAACAUCCAAGACCUUGGAAUUACAGGGUUCUCACUGUUUUCUAAUUAAAAAUGAGAUAUUCACCUGUAUUUAUGGUUAUGUUUUGUACCUGUCACCAUGUCAAAUAAUGGGAUGAAACGCCUUUGGAUACACGUUUAAAACCCAGAAUCUCCGAAUGCAGCCUAAUGAAAGGACACUUUAUUUUGCUGGUUCUGUAAACCCUCUGAUUCUAAGGUCUCAAUUCCAGUUACUUUGUCUGAAGUUUUUCCACUUACUUUAAGAAAUGUGUGUGGAAUCGUGUCGUUCUCAGUCUGCUAUCGCAUUGAAUAAUUUUAUAUACUGGAUAAAGAUGUACCAUUUACAGCAAAUUGGGCAAAAGGCUUAUUUUAUCGUAAAUAAAAUUCAUUUAUAUACAAUAUGAAAAAUAUAUCUGAAUAUAUAUAUAUAGAAUAAAAUUAAGAAAUAUUUGUAAGGAGUACCGAAGAAGGAAGAACAUUGUUCUCCGUUUGGAAAGUAAGGUUUUAUUAUGUCCUUUUUCUCGCGAAAGCGUGCUGCUUUGUUGAAGAUGAAUGUUCAUUAUGAAGACAGUUUGUCCACCAUGCAAUUUUCUGUUGCAUGCUUGCAUUCUGAGUUAAUGCGCAUUUCCUCCUGGCAUGAAAUAUAAUGUUACUGUAAACAUUCAAGGUCGGCUAUGAUAUUGUUUCAUUCAGUAUUGUGUCCUCUUUAUGAACUCUUUCUAACAUCAAUGUUAAACGAUAACGAUUGUUGUGAUUUAUUAUUUCCGGACAGAUUUUUUUUUACAUCUUUCAUUUUGAUGUUAUAGCAAACCUUACCCCACAUUAACAAUCAGCGAACGCUGUUAUUUAGUACAAUAUGUUGAAUAUAUUGUACGUAUCAAAAGUUGUCUCAGAAAAUAUAGCAAUUUGUAGUUUUAUAUCAAGGACUGAACUUGCUUUUAUUAUACUGCGUGGUAAAACAUGUCCAUUAAAGGCAAGAGCACAGGAAGGGCCCACGAGGGUGUUAGUGGUCAGCGGGCGUCUGCUUGUGCUGUUUGGUUUUUUUGGACAUGUUUUGCUCUGACUGCAUCCUAUGAGCUAAAAAUGGACCUUAAUCUUACCUGUGACUCAGUACACUUUUGCUGUCUUUAUUUGCAUGCUGCGGGUUCUUAUUGUUCACAUUUACUCCAGGUUUAGCACUGGCACAGCCGUGCUUCAUUCAUUGUGUUCAGGGCUUAUCUGUACUGAUAGCAGACUGUCAAAAGCGCAGAUAAACAGACUCGCACCCAAUAAAGUUUGGCAGAUGUCAUUCCAGUA